GUUGUGUAUGAGUGAGGCAGCGCAUGUCAAGUGAGUGUUACAGUAACUCAGGGAAGGCCUUCUCACAGGAGCUGUUUACAACACCACACUUAAGCUAAGUAGUUCGCUGUUGCAGGACAACAGCGUUGAAUAAUUGGAAUAUAAUGAGAAGAAAAGAUAUAGCCAGCUAAUGUUGCUAUGUUGCAAGCUAGUUCGUGUGGAAAAAAAGUCGCCGCUGUCGUGUAGUAAAAGAGGGCUCCUAGACGGUUUGUAAGUCGAGUGAACCAAAGCAAUGUCAAGCAGCAACCUCCCACCUGUGCGCCAUUUGCCACACUGGACCAGAGUCGGCGGCCUCGGGAAGCCCUGCUCACCUCGACGCUUACCGGCGAACCGCCUGCAGCCUCUUCCCGCCGCCCCGCCGACGGACAGGGCAGCGGCGGGGGCACCGACGGGGGCGCCCGGUCAGAGCCACACGGACCCCCGCGUCGCAUCCCUGCAGAGGAACAUCCAGUUCCUGCAGCAGCAGCACAAGGGCACUCUGGAGAAGCUCCAUGCGGAGAUAGAGACCCUCAGACGGGAGAACAAAGAGUUGCAGUAUAAGCUGAUAAUGGAGCCGCACAAGUCCAGUAGGAAAGGAUACACACAGAGUCGACCGGGCGUUAGACCUCCCACUCAGGGCAGUGAAGCCCAUACCAGCCUCUACCUCGAGGAGCCGCUGCAAGACACACGACCCGUCCAAGACCAGGCUCAUAGCUUUGGAGAAAGUAGCGAAACGGCGCGCUCAGCCAGGCAGGACCACGGCACAGAGAUGAAGGGGGGUCUCAUCACUUCGCUACAGCCGCUACGAAUUCACAGCAGCCCCUCCCGUCCACCGCGCGCUCCCACCCUGCACGAGUGUGAGGUCAUCAUCCGGCAGCUUUACAAUGCUAACAGUUUACAGUCUCAGGAAAUUCUACGCGUGAAGGCUCUGCUGAGAGAUAUUGUUUUGAGCAAGAAAAUCACCCCAGAAAACUACAUUCUGACCAAGGCCUACCUUGUUGACGGAACUCGCAAAUCUUUAGAAGAAAGGAAAUUUCCAAAACUUGGUCUUCAGUCGUUUCCAGAAAAAACGUCUGGACCCUCUCAGUCCGGGGUCGUCCUCCCAGCCCUCAAGCAGAGCCUCAGCUCCACCAUUGCAGAAAGACAGAGGCGGACCCGUGCUGUUCAGAGAGACCGCUUCAAAAGGACGGUGCAGUGACAGAAUCAAAACCCAACAAACCUCAGUCACGAACGACUAAAUGUGCUCUGUAAAAUAAAUCCUCAGCAAUGGAUAUCAAUGCGAAGAGUUUCAGGUCUA